AAUGUGAAAUUAAUGUAGUAUGAAAUUUCAUUCUCAAUCUCUUUAUUUGACACCUUCAUUUUUUUAUUUAGCCAGAUCUUUAAUAGUUUUUGUUAAUGUGGAAUUUAUAUAUAGUAUAUGAAAUUUUCUCUCAAUCUCUUUAUUACCUUCAUCUUUAGAAAAAGUCGAUAAAGAUAGCCCAUGAACCAUAUCCCAUAUCCAUAAGGCCCAAACCAAACAACUACUAAAAAGUAUUUCUUCAUCGUUGAGACUGAUUUUCGGUUUAUAGUUAACCAACCAUAUGUGUUACAAAAAAAAAAAAAAAAAAAAAAAAAAGUUAACCAACCAUAUAUGAUUUCUUGAAAACCGAAUUGAACUGUUCAAUAGCGUUUCAAAAAUCAGUAACCGAACCUGUGGAACUAAUUGUAACAAAGUGGACAUAAGAUCCGGGAUAACCGGUCGAGUUAAACUGGAAUAGCUUAUAAACCUACCCGGGGUUAUAUGUAAUAAUAGUUAGGACUCCUAGUAGAAGAUCUUGUGGUACCUCAGUAUACAAAAACAAAUUAUAUACCUUCUUCUGAUUUUCUCGCCAGUAAGAUUAGAUAACCUGAGUCUCACAAUGCAUAUGCAAAGAACGUUGUUACACUGCAAGAAGAUGAGUGAACAUGAGGUUUUCAAGAAGUUUGGUCGUAACAUUGGUCGUCUUAAAUUGUCUGCAGUUAGAUUGUAUGCGAAGCAGUUACUCAUAUACCUUAAACAUCCCAAGAACUGUGCUGUUCUUUACUGCGACAUAAAGCCUGGCAACAUGUUUAUGUUUUUUUCUUCCUGAUUGAUUCACUAAUUUCUAACAUCUGGUCGUGACUUGAUUGUCUAGGUGAAUGGUUUGCUGGUUAAAACGAAGUUACACACUUACACCAUAUCUUGUUACUUGUUAGUCGCUUCUAAAGAGCUACAAAAUCGUACACAGUUCUUUUCCCUGGCUCCGCAACAAUGAUAUAUUACGCCUCCAUAUGGAACUGAAAGGUCCCUUCCCUAAAAAGAUGCUUCGCAAGUUCAGCUUUAAGUUUAACACUGGAGAUUAUAUUAUUUCUUCGGUUUCAAAGCAUCAGCGUUUAAGUUUUGUUCUGAUACCUUCUACUAUUUAACAAGGACCAUUUAUAGAUCAGCAAUUUGGUUAGGACUUAAGCUUCAAUGCUACAGAGGGGGACAGUGUUAGUGGAAAGGUAACAAACCAUUCCGUAUAUAAUAUCUACAACUUUUAUGUAAUUUGAAUUAUUAUGAAUCAAGGUUUAGUAAUUGUUUUAUCCUAAAAAAAUGUUUUAUCUGUUCCUUUUUUACAGACAAUAAGAGAAAAAUGAAGGAAAAUAUUUUGGUUCAGUGAUUAAAGGCUAUAUAUGCAGGUGAGGAUAUCAAGGUGUUAGUUGCAUUUCAGAGAUCUUAUGGACAAAAUUUCCAUAAUUGAUCGUGAAAAGAGACUUUCAGUGUCACAUGCAUUAGCUCACACAUUCAUCACGGGCAAGUGAACACAUGCCCUAGAUACAUGUGUGUCUAUAUAUUACACAUUUUAAUUUUGAUUUUAGAAUCUCCUCUGUGGAUUAUUAUCUAUCAUUCUUUUGCUACAUGAUGGCUUUAACUACAAUAGUUUGCUAGGUGGAUUCACAUAAUAUCAUUUUAUCGCUUUGAGGAAACGCUUGGGGUCUGCAGUAGCAUUAGAACUUUGAUUUGCAAAUCUAUAAUUACAAAAAGACUAUAACAUGUUUGGUUUAUGUUAGUGUCUUAGGAUAAUCGAGAUUAGUGGAGUUAGCUUCGUAAUUAAACAGCUCUUUUCCUACCUAACAUAAGAAAAGCCUCUCUUUAUCAUUAUGACACCAUGAUCAUCAUACUUAAUAAAAUGUUCAUGAUGUGGAAAGUUACUUAAAGACGAGUUGAAGAAGUCUACAAAGGUUUUUAAAUUUUCAGUUGUUGUUUAAUUUGAUGUCACACCUAAUAAAGUGGAGAUUAAGGUGUUUUCUAAUGGGCUGUUAGUGCCAAGGGGAAACGUGUCAAUAAUCCCUUUAAACCUGUCGUUCUUAAAUAAAUUACAAUAUGAAGAAUAAGAGCCGUAACAAUGACAGUUCUCUGGUGUCUAUUUCACAGCGUUUGAAAUGAGUGCUCCAAUAGCAGCUUCUUAAGAAAGCUAAAAAGAGAAGAAAAUAAAGAAACCAUGAAAGUUGGAACCAUAGAAAUGUGAUUUACGGAGCAUAAUGUUGACCAAAAUCGAAUUAAGAGACUCUCUUGUCCUAUACGUAUUUUGUGUUGGGAAUUCUUCUUACGAUAGUUCACUGAAACUAAUAUGUCUACGAAGGCACGAACGUUCUCCUCGUUAUGAAUCCACGUUAUACCGUAUAUUAGUGAUUGCAACGGAAAAUCACAUUUGAGAUGUGGAGAACCUGAAUCUUCCAUGCAUUUGGUGUUCAGAUGAGAAAUAUAUUCAAAAUUUUCUAAUAAUGAAGGUAUAUAUAUAUAUGAAAAUUUGUAAUAUUCACAUCAGCUAGACAAAAAGAAUAGAAAAACAAAAAGUAACUUCUCAUGUAUGUUACUCAUGUACAUUUUAAAUUAUUUAUUUAUUUAAUCUAAAAGAUAAUUAAUCCCCGCGUUAAUUAAAAGAUAAUUAACCCUCUCGCACGAUUUUCAGAAGUGUCCUUGUUGUUUUUAUAAUUACGGACCCCAUACUUUUUCUUCAGUUGGUCGUUUUUUUCCUACUCCGUUGCUAAGUCAUCGAACGUCGUAACUCGUAACGCGUCUAUAUUUUCUUACCUUCUUAUAAAACUCCCAUUGAAACCAAGAAUCACUCUAAACCUUUUUCAUCUAUCUCCUCUUCAACUUGUUGAGAACAAAAUGGGGAAGAAGCUAGACGCUUUGCUUGGUCGGACUUUCAAAACCAAGAAGUUCAAGGCUCUUCUCAACUUAGCUCUCACUAGGCUCUCUAUUCUCAAGAACCAACGUCAAGUCAGAUGUUCUCAAGCCACCUCUGAUGUCACCGAGCUUCUUAAGCUUGGGCAACACGAGAACGCUUACCACAGAGUCGACCAAGUCAUUAAAGACCAGAACACACUCGACGUUCUCUUCUUCAUCCAUGGCUACUUCACUCUCUUGCUCGACCGUGUUCACCUCUUCGAACACAACAGAGAUUGCCCUGAUGAGCUUCUGGAAGCUGUUUCGAGCUUGCUCUUUGCAGCUUCUAGAAUCGGAGAGUUUCCUGAGCUUCAAGAGAUCCGUAAUGUUUUGGUUUCGCGUUUUGGCAAAGAUAUUGCAGCUAGGUCCAUUGAGUUGCGGAGUAAUUGUGGGGUUAAUCCCAAAAUAAUUCAGAAGUUGUCGACAAGACAUCCACCGAGAGAAGUUAGAAUGAAGGUUUUGAAGGAGAUUGCAGCAGAAAAUAACAUCGUUUUGAAACUUGAAGAAGCUUCUUCUACGUCCACUGAGGGACAGGGACAGGGACAAUCAGAUGUUUCCAAGGCUAAGUUAACAAGUGAAGUUGGAGAAGAUGAGAUAGGUGAAGGUUAUGGGUUGUCUGAUUUGGUUAAGAGAGGAAAGCAGAAGUACAAAGACGUGGCUGAUGCUGCACAAGCAGCGUUUGAGUCAGCAGCUCAUGCAGCAGUGGCUGCACGAGCAGCUGUAGAGCUUUGUCAGUUUUCGCCUUGUGGACCUGACAAUACGGGUAAUAAUGGUGGGGGGAGUUCAUCUAGUGGUUCUGGAAACAAUAAAACAGAACAAGAAGCUAAUGAUGAUGGUGAUCUUUCAAAAGGUGAAGUGGAUGUGAGAUCAGAAUCUAAGAAGUUUAUAUCGGAUCCAGAAGAUACUAUUGAGGAUGUGAUGUCACUUAGGGAAGACCCUGUGAAGCUGCUGGAGAAGGAUGAUGUUUUAUACGACAGUGAGGAAGAAACCAAGCAAAUUGCUAAGACUAAUACUACUACGGAGGUUAAAGAUGAGGAAAGUCUUAAGGAUUGUUCUGAUAGAGCAGAUGAAGGACAUGUGGAGGAUGUUGAUCUUUCAGAAGGUGAAGUGGAUGUGAGAUCAGAAUCUAAGAAGUCUAUAUCGGAUACAGAUGAUAAUAUUGAGGAUGUGAUGUCAUUUAGAGAAGACCCUGUGAAGUUGUUGGAGAAGGCUUUUGUCGUCUACGACAGUGAGGAAGAAACCAAACAUAAUGCUAAGACUAAUACUACUACUGAGGUUAAAGAUGAGGAAAGUCUUAUGGAUGGUUCUGAUAGAGCGGAUACAGGACAUGUGGACAGCAUGGCUCAUUCGGUUGAAGAGCCUAUUAUACGUAAAGCUAUUUUAAAGGGUCCUAUUUCAGUUAGGACCAGACAGGUUCGUGGAUACUAAGUUUUAUUUCAGGUGCAUCUAUGUUUUAGUGACUGAGUGUGUGUACAAUUUCUUUGUGUGUUCUUUAUGCCUUGGUCAAGGGUUCAAUAAUGUUGAACAAAUGGCAUAUGUUGUCUAAGUUUCUAGAAACAAAUUGACCUGAGAGGGAGAGAAAUUUCAAAGA